AAGCACGCUCGAGGUUGUGCACACAGCGUGAGAAACAGUAGCAGUAAGCAUCUCCUCAUUCUUGUAUGUCCCCUGUGGACAAUGACACAAUGUCUCCAUCAUCCCCGGAACUGUUGUCGAAUUUCCUCGCCGGCAAAACCAUUCUCGUGUCUGGUGGUGGCAUCGCUGGACUGACAUUCGCCGUUGCGAUCGCCCAAUUGUUUUCAGAAGAAUCUUCGGUGGCGGCGAGGCCUCAAGUCAUCAUAUACGAGCGGGAUAGCUAUGAGGACCGCAUCGGACGUGAAGGGUAUACUCUAUCCCUGAGAACAGACAACGAUCCCGGCGCCGUUCAGGUCUUGGAUCUCCUAGGGCUGUACGAGCUUGUCAGGAGCGUCAGUGUCAACUCUGGAGGACUUCCAGAAGAGAGAGGCUCUUUCAACCUCUGGGAUCCUCAGUUUCGUCCCUUCUUGCGCUUCGCGGCACACCCAGUCGGACCCAAAAAGCUGCUCGGCAUGAGAAUCCGCCGCAAUGCCCUGCAGAAGGUUCUCGCCGAGGCCGCUGUGGCAUCGAAAGCUCAAAUCCACUGGGAAACGGCUGUAAUAGGAGCAGAGCCAAUCGAGGACGGCAAAGUGCGAGUUACCCUCAGCACCGGCGCAACGGCGGUGGGUGACAUUCUCCUAGCUGCCGAUGGAUCCCGAAGCAAGUUGCGCUCGCUGUUGAGGCCAGACCACGGCCUCAAUUAUGCUGGCGUGUAUCUCUGGUCAGGCAUCGCCAAGUUUGCGAGACACGACGACAUUCCCAAGCCCCUGGAUCGUGACUGGGGUGGUGUGCUGGGUGGAAACGGAGUCGGGCUUUUUGUCUCUCCUGUGGACGACAAAUCCGCGCUUUGGGCCAUGAGUCGUCCCAGUCCCGUUAUGAAGGAGGCAUUACGAUACCCUGUUCCUCAAAAGCGCCUCGACGAGUUGUUGGAAGAAUCAAUAAAAGUGGCGGCAAACUUUGCUCCUCUGGUGAAGAAUCUGGUCUCCGCGACGGAUCCAACCACGAUCAUGCAGUUCAAUGCAAUGGAUCGGCCCCCUUUCCCACAUCAGUCACUGGAGCACGGCCCCAUAAUAUGGAUCGGAGAUGCAAACCAUGCAGUUAGCCCCUUCGCAGGCAACGGUGCCAACAUGGCAAUAAUGGAUGCCUGGGAUCUUGCUAAUGCAUUCAAGAAAGCUUCAACCGUUGACGAAGCCAUCACGGUGUAUGACAAGGUGGCCAUUCCUCGAGCCAGCAGGGUUCUGAAGUCGUCACAUUGGGCGAUUGACGCUUUGCAUGCCACAGGAAUUAAAUUGCUCCUUUACAAGGUGGUUCUUCGUGUGUUAGGAUUCCUGACCGGGAUCGCCCGAAGUCGUGAUUGACGACUUCCAGGGGUUGGAUCUUUCUGGACACGCCUCUCGGUGAAUUGCAGCAGACGGUUGGCAAUGAGAUUCAGAGAGGCGCUUUUCUCUUCUCAAUGUGAUUAGGCAAAGGGCUGAAACAGACGUGGUCAAGCUGUAGCAUUAUGCGUCAAAGGUGACCUUGGAAUCCACACUCCGCC